AUACUCCCGGGCACCUGCGAGUUUCGUUCCGUUGUCAUCGAAAUAUCUUCCGGCAGCACCGGUGUGAUUUGCAAAUUACGUUGAUAUUAUUGAAGUUUUGAAGCUUACAAGACGAUCUUUGAUGGGCUGAUAAACGCCAUUUUCAGUUCGAUGGUUGCUACGAGCUACAGCAACCAAUUCAGAUUUUCGACGAUUUUCGCUAGGUUAUUUUAUCUGUUAAUUCUUCAGGUCGUUUCGGAGGUAAAUCCGAGGUGAUAAAAGCGACUGCACAAGCUAAGACAAUUCGUAGCGCGGAAAGUCGGUUAUUGGCAGAAGUUUUCUCAUUGAUUACGGUGGUUUUAAAUCGACUCGCUAAUUAGUGGUGGCCGAUUACAUAUCAUCUUCGACAAAGUUUCGCAGCAAUCAUGCAAGCAAACCGGCUCGUGGACUGCACAUUAGUCAAAGUGAACCAGGGAUUUCAAGAAAAAAUACGGGGAAUUUAGACUUCCAAUAGCGCCUUUAUUUGUCAUGGAGGCGUUACAUCUGAUCCAUAAACUUGUCCCUGGUCGCCAAAGGAGGUAUCGUCUCAGUUCACAUGGGUUAAAUCGAAGUGUAGACAGCAUCCUGGAUGGCCUUGAUGGUUCGAAACGACGAGCAUCAUAUCCGGCAAACUCUGAGCUGCGGGCAAUCAAAAGACUGAAAACAGUCAAAAUGUCCACCAACGGACUGACGGUCUCGAAGGUACUCGAGCAGAUCCAACUUGUGCAGGGUAUGAUUGACAUAAACGCCUCCAGCUUAAACAGUCUUCGAACACAGUUUUCCACCAACAGCGACUUGAUCCAGCAGGAAAUUCGCACGUUAGAGGGAAAGCUUGUUAAACUGUUUUCGAGGCAGUUAGUUGCAAAGCAGAAGUGCAAUGAAGAUUGGAAUGACUGUGAAAAACUCCGUUAUUAUCCUAAACUAGAACAAUGGCUGCAGGUGGUAGGAAUCAACGAAGAAGCAAUUAAGAAUUUGGAGGAGAAGUGCAGCACAGUGGAAGGUCUUUUGUCUUUGUCUGAUGAGAAAGUAAAAGCAAUGCUGGAGAAUUAUGCUGAAGGACAAGAAGAAAGUAGAAGGUUAAUUGCAGCUCUAAAACAUCUUCAGGCAUAUACAGAGCGACAGAAACAGGGUCACAAAGACAGCACUUCAGAUAUAUAUUGGGAUUCCUGGGAUACGGGAAAGACAAGGGAAAAGAGCCUCUCUAUCAGCCCCUCUGAGCGUUCGUCACGUUCCUCUGUCACUUUGGACAGUGAUGUACCCCUGUCAUCACCAAGCUCAGAUGCUGACACUGAAGGUUCCCGACUGUCAACACUAUCUGCAAGUGAUACUGAUAGUACUCUGAGUCCUAAGCACAUUGGUAAUUCACAACCAGCUUAUUUCAGUAUGAUCAAGAGAAGUGUAUCUGAUGAUGCAAAUUUAGGGAACAGAAUAUUUGUGAACAAUAAUGAGAAUCCAUAUUUGAAUUGUGGUAAAAAACGAGGAGGAAAGCUGGAACCUGUCACUCCUCUCACAAUUAAUAUUCCUAAAAGUAGAAGUGGAGACAUCUCACUACAUUCCCAGUCUGAUUCUGAGUCGGAUCAUAAUCUAAGUUCCCAUGCAAUAAAUAAUUCUCCAUCAAGGAUUACUCACUAUGGGAUGGGACAUACAAUCAGUCACAGGUUUUCACAAAAGGCAUUUAUGGUUAGUCUGGCUUGUGAUCACUGCCAUAAACUUCUUUUGGUUGGUGUAAAAUGCAAAUACUGCAAGCUCAAAUUUCACAAGAAAUGUGCAAAAAAGGCCACUGCUUCCUGUGGGCUCCCUAAAGGGUGUAGUGACUUUUUCACUGCUCAAGUGCGACGAGCUUUAAAUUACCGUUCUUUACCCAUGACGCGGUCUCAUGUGAAGAGAACAAACUCUGAACCAUCGAGCAUCGCCCUUCAAGUAGAUCUACCCGAGCAGAGAUUCAACCAGAAUCGUAGCCAUGGUGAUCUGCAUACAGUAGACCCGAAAUCUUGGACACCUGUUCCAAACGAAACACCAAAAGGAGUUGACUCCUGUUCCACGUCAUCAUCAACCUCAUCACCACCUUCUUCGCCUCUUCCGGCGGCAUCAGCUAAUGUUAGUCUGUCUGCACAAGAAGAACUUGACCAGUUUCCAGAGUCGCACUUCUCUUUCACUGAUGUUUCAAGAAUGACAGCUUCCUUGCACAGUAACGAGAUGAUUGAGUCAACGAGCACCUUGGUAAGGACUGAAAGUGUUAAGUCACGGCAGAGCAACAACACCACAACUAGUAAUGACUCGACUUUGUCUGGAGAGGAUGUCCCGGGCAUUGACUCGUUGGACAGUCAGAUCUCUGAUGUGGACCCUGAGAGCAAGACUUGGAACCGUAGCCGAGUGGUUAAUAAAAAGGACAUGCUCCUGGACUUACAUCAACGAGGUAGCCUAAUGUCAGAGUGGGUGAUACCGUUUGAAGAAUUGAAUAUCACCGGGAGUCCACUGGGCAGUGGUAGAUUUGGUAAAGUUUACAGGGGUCACUGGCACGGUGAAGUGGCUGUGAAGAUGAUCGAGAUUGAGAAUCCCACAGAGGAGCAGCUCAAUGCCUUUAAGUUUCAAGUUGGAACUUUUAGAAAGACUCGUCAUGAGAAUGUGGUGUUGUUCAUGGGCGCAUGCAUGGAUCCUCCGAAACUUGCUAUCAUAACCAGCAUGUGUCGUGGGUUUUCCCUAUACACACAUAUACACGUUCGAAAGGACAGCUUUCCUCUGGAUAAAAUUUUACAGAUUUGUACUCAGAUUUCUCAGGGUAUGGGUUAUCUUCACGCACGAGGUAUUGUUCACACUGACCUUCGUUCCAAGAAUGUAUUUCUGGAGUCAUACAAUCGCGUGGUGAUCACAGAUUUCGGGUUGUUUAGCGUGGCUGGGUUGACAACCAAAUCUGUCAGGCCAGGUUUUUUGAUGAUUCCACAAGGAUGGCUUCCAUAUUUGGCUCCCGAAAUCCUUCGUUCGCUUACCACUCAACAAGACGCGCCAGACUCAUCACAGUUCACCAUGGCAACAGACAUGUACGCCUUCGGGACUGUGUGGUAUGAGAUGUGUUCUCGCUCCUGGCCAUUUGAGAAAAAUAUACCUGAAUCCAUAAUCUGGCAAGUGGGAAAAGGAGUAAAACAGUCGUUAGCAAAUAUAGAUAUUCCGAGAGAAGUUAAGGAUACUUUAACAGUUUGUUGGGCAUUCGAGCCAGAUAGACGACCAACUUUCGGAAAUUUACUGAGAACUUUAGAAAGACUUCCAAAAAUAAGACAUACGCAACGGCUACACAGAAGUCCAUCUCAGCCGUGCACUGUGGGGAGAGGGGCUGAGAAUCUGAUAUGAAGCUAUCAUGUCAAUUGAGCGAAUCAAGGCUGUGGUAAAAAAGGCAAUAAUCUUCGCUGUCUUCGACGCUACUAGUAUGAGCGUGUUUCUCCCAGUGUAAGCAAUCAGGGACCUUAAGCAGUCAGGACGGCAACGCCAAGGAAAACUUCGAUUAAAAAAUGAAUUUCUGCCUUAAAUUAGAAUUUCAAAAAUGGCUGCAUUUGUUUACCGUCUCAUACAGCGCCACACCUCAACUUCAGCAUACCGUAUAAAAGAAGCGUUGAGUUCCAAAUGGAAAUUAAAAUAAUUUGUCGUCGCGGUCUCGGUUCGUAGACGACGCAAAUUGUGGUGAUUUCACGUUGUUGCUUUGCAUAGGACGGCUAAGAAAUUUACAAAGUUUUAAAACGCACGUGCUGAGCUAUUGUUCUGCCAAUUAGAUCUUUUGUUUUUCCACGUCCACGUUGCAGUCGCCGUCGUGGUUUGCUUAAGGUCCCUAUUACCUACUGAAUAGAGGUGUAGUUGUCAUUUGGGAUGUUUGCCAUUUCACUAGUGCAGCAGUGGGUCUGUUUUUUUCCCUCUUGUCUAUGCACAUUCUUCCUUAUGGUUCUCUGGGAAAUUUCUUUUGUAUGAACUUUUUCCUUUUAAAUAAUCCACUGUCAAUAUCUAUGAAUGAUAAUUGAUGACCGGCAGAUAAAUAAGGUUGUUACAAAUUUCUAGAUCGGAGGACUUUCGCUACCAAGUUACCAAGACUACUGAGGUUUUUUUUUAACCAAGACUUUUUUUUUUUUUUAAAUUUUAUUUUCAAAGAGCAUUCUCCCCUGCAUUUUAGAAGUAUUCGUCCUUUUUUUUACUGGUUUUUUUUUUUAUCUUUUUUAUUUUUUAAUCAUUUUGUUAUUGCUCUGGAAAACGUUUUACUUUUACCUAGGUAUGGCGCGGUACUGCAAUUGUCCUGGAAGGUUUUUCAUAUUUUUUUUAACCCGAUUUUUCUUCUUGUUAUUAUGCGCUAAAUGUGGCAUCAGAGGGGCCCAGAAACCUCCAGAAGCCUUCUGUUUAUGAAAAACAAUGUCGCGUCAUUUUAGAUUGUUGUACACGAUGAAUAGAUUCAAUAUUAGGAGGGCUUCAAAUUUUUAGUUUGACAUCAAAAAGGUGUUAAAUAGGGAGGGGUUGGUGUAGGACGGAAAAGAUUGACAAAAUUACUCACAAAUUAUUGUUUAGGCUCCUUAAAAAAGCCCAUUCUGGUAUACUAGUUGUGCUUCAACCAUCUCUCUUCCCCAAGUUAUGAUAAGAGAAACACUUCAGUAACUUGACAGUCAGUAUAUCUUAAAGAAAUCUUUCCAGCCUCUUUCCUUGUAUGUUCACAGAGUUUUUUUUACUAAGUUUUACUUUGGUAUGAGUUGGGCGCAACAAAUUUGGUAAUAAACAUUUAUAUAGUAUUAGAGUAAACAAGUCUUACGGCCUUAUCAGGCCUUCGGCUUAAGUUAUGUCUUAUGCUUCUCCUUUGUCUAAAUAUUACGGCAGAUGAGACAAAGACAUGUUGUGCUGCGAUUUCUUACCCAGCAACAGGUAGUAACAGCAAUUUGCAAGGCAUUCAAGCGAAAAGAGUUUUCAAUUACCUCAAAAUUUUAAGAUGAAGGAAACAAAAUAAAUUGUAAGUGUAUUGUCCACGCCUCUGGGCACAUAACAGAGGCAACUGACACUCUGUUUGGACUCUUUCACCCUCGAGGUCUCCAGAGUAAUUCUCCUUGUCUUUCCUGUAAUGUCCAGUGAGUGGCAAAAGAAGAAGACACGUCUCCGUUUAGUAGGUAGUCGGCUCUCCUUCUCCACUCAACAUGAUAAACAGAAACCUCUUAAUUUAUGUCUAAAAAGCUUAUUGAAAGUCCCCCCCCCCCUCAAAUAAUGUUGCCUGGUGGUGACCAUUAUUUAACACCAACACUAGCAUAAAGGAACUUUGAAAUUGGAAGAGGGAGAGACAAAUGAGAAUUCUCGUAAAAAAAAGCUAAAUAGUAGUCGAGCGUACUGAGGCUUUUGCUACUCAUUGUUUUUCUAAGAAUUAAAUGGUUAGUAAUUCCCCUCGUGGAUCUUUUUGUUCAUUUCACCACUAGUCUUCUUGAUGGUGUAUUAAUAUUUUAUUGAUAAAUUACUUCUUGGUAAUCGUUGAGAGUGAAAGGGUUUAGGUGGCCAAAUAAAAAGUGCUGUUGGUGAACUUACGGACUGUAAGUGAACAUAAGUAGUGAGCGAACAUGAAUUUUAGGUACGAUUUCAGUUCAUAUGAAUUGUAAAUAAUUAUUUCGAGUUGUUUUUUACUUACAAAGGCCCCUAAAUCCAGGGAUGUAAAUACGUUUCUUUGAGUCCAUUUACUCCAGCUGAGGGUAACUUGUACAGUUUUCAGGGAAGUAUUUCAUGAUUGUUAUAAUUGUAAUAUUUUCAAUUUUUUAGAGACUGUUUGAAGUCUCGUAAAUUAUGAAUUGCUGUAUUCAGUCAGUUGGAAGAUCUUCUACUCACAUCUCUGAGUUUAAAAUAAAUUCUCCGUAUUGCA